AUGGUGGAACUUUCCGUCACCGUACCGGGAAACAUCAGUGGAGGUGCCUCCCAUGUCAAAGCCGAUCAACGGAAUGUUGUUCUUUGGAUUGUAGCAGGUUUCAGAGUAUCCAACAACACCACCCGCAGGGCCGGAAAGAAUAGCUCUCAAGCCAGAGAAGGAAGAAGCAUCAACCAAUCCACCGUCCGAUUGCAUAAAGUGGCACCGGACUCCGUUGGCUUUCUCUUCGCUAAGAUAGCCGUGCAUCAAGCCAGCUUCGAAACUGGACAAGUAUUUUCUGAUUUCUGGAGUCAAGUACGCAUCCACAAUCGACGAGUUGGCUCUGGCAACGUACUUGAUCAUGGGGCUCAACUCGGAAGAAAGAGAAAUGUGGGUAAAGCCAAUCUCACGAGCAAUUUCACCCACAAGCUUCUCGUGGUCUGGGAAUGUGUAGGAAUGCAUCAAACAAACGCCAAUGGAGCGGAUGCCAGACUUGUAGAUUAG